AUGUCUGAAUAUAUUGUCAUUAUAGGAGCAGGAAUACUUGGUCUGACGGCAGCGCUGCGCAUCCAAGAUCUGAUUCACGCACAGGGUCUCCCGUACAAGUUAAUCAUCAUUGCAAAAGAGUUCCCUUCUUCCCCAAGCUCGAUACAGCCAUCUCCAAACUAUGCAUCGAUGCACGCGGGUGCACACGUCCGACCCAUCCUGGCGUUGACGCCACAAUUGGCCCGCGAGGCUCGAUGGCUGAAAUACACAUGCAAUGUGUUUGCCGAGCAAGUUGCAACGCAACCGUGGCUCGGGGUGACACAGGUCCCGGGGGUAGAGUACUUCGAGAACCCCAGCCCAGAGAUCCAGUCGCUGGACGCAGCUACGUUCAUGACCCAAUCAGGUCUGCAGGGUUUUCGAAGGAUCGACGAGCAUACGCUGCCCAGGGGCGUCAAGUUGGGAUACGAGUACACGACAUACUGCAUCAACUCCCCCAUCUAUUGCAUGGCCCUGUUGCGAAAAUUCAUAUUGAACGGCGGCAGCAUCAUGACCGCGGAUGUGAAAUGUGAAGAGGAGGCAGCUGCGGCUGCCGUCGCUCCUGCUGCCAGGCUGGUGAUCAACGCUAGCGGGAUGGGAUUCGGAGACAAGGCGUGCUUCCCUACAAGAGGACAGAUUGCCUUGACGAAUAUUCCAGCUGAGAAGACCAUCACGCGCCAAAAUGCAGAUGGGACGUGGAGCUUCGUGAUCCCACGCGGGUUCGAUGGAGGCACCAUCGUCGGUGGCACGAAAGAAGCGGGCGAGUGGGACGCACGCCCCGAUCAGCGCACGAGAGCGACGUUGGCGAAAUCCAUGCGUGAACUAGCAUUACUGUCGUCGUCUUCAAUGACCGAGGGCAAACACCAGUACCUCACGACCUCUCAGACUCCGUCGUACGAAAUCCUCCAGGAUGUGGUAGGCCGAAGGCCGACUAGAGACGGGGGACUCAGGCUAGAGGUCGAAAGAAGAACGCUACCACAGUCGUCACAGACUCAGUCCGCCUCUGACCGUCAGGCGAAAAUCCUCGUCAUUGUGCAUGCCUAUGGAGCGGGCGGAAGAGGCUAUGAGAUCAGUUGGGGUGUGGCAGAAGAAGUUAAAGACCUUGUCACAGGUGUUCUUAGGGACGAAGGCUUAACAAGACAAGCGGGUUCUGUGUGGGAACUUGGGAAGAUACUACCAUCCACCUAA